ACGACUCCCAUUGAGCGGGGACGCUGCUUGCGAUCAUAUUCAUAAACUAGGACGCCGUGUCCGAGUACCGCAGCCUGAUUUACUCCAGCUUUCGGGCCGUUUAUAGAUAUAGGUAUUAAUUUACGAACAACUGAGGAACUGCACUUCUACCUACGCUUCUUCUUGACGAAAGAGGAGGUGGUUGUGGUGUGAGGGGAGUGUGUGUGCACGCGUGUGAGUAAUGGCAGAGCAGCAGAGACAGCGUUCACUCUCCACGGCAGGAGAAUCACUGUAUGUGGUCCUGGGAGUUGAUAAAAACACAGCACCAGAAGACAUCAAGAAAUCCUACAGAAAACUAGCUCUGAAGUUCCACCCAGACAAGAAUCCUGACAAUCCAGAAGCAGUUGAGAAAUUCAAAGAAAUCAACAAUGCUCACACCAUUCUGUCCGACCCCACCAAACGCAACAUCUACGACAAAUACGGAUCUCUGGGCCUCUACGUGGCAGAACAGUUUGGAGAGGAGAACGUUAACACGUACUUUGUAUUGUCCAGCUGGUGGGCCAAGGCGUUGUUUAUAUUCUGCGGUGUGGCCACAGGCUGUUACUUCUGCUGCUGUCUGUGCUGCUGCUGUAACUGCUGCUGUGGGAAGUGUAAACCUCAUCCUCCUCCAUCAGAUGAGCCGGAUUUCUAUGUGUCUCCUGAAGACUUGGAAGCUCAGAUGCAGUCUGAUGAGAGAGAUGGCAGCAGUCCCAUCGUGAUGCAGCCGUCCUCUGCCACGGAGACCACUCAGCUGAAAGCAGACUCUCACCACACCAGCUACCGGACAGACACCAGCUAUUAAACCUCUCUCACAGACACACGGGACCACCAUGCCAGAAAAGGUCACGGUGGGCAACGGGUGAUAAAGAGGAAAGUUAGUAACAGUAUCAUGGGAAAACCUGAAACGCUCCACUGUACAGGGCAAGAAGCCAGUUUAUUUUUAUUUGCCUUUAACCUCUAUCAUGCCCAAACCUACUGCUGUGUUAUAUUCAAUACACACACACACAAGGACUUUCUUCCAGUGUACAUACAGUCUUCCUGCUAUGACUUAAGCUUCAUCUUGCCAACAGCUCUUCUUAUGCACUGGUUAUCACACUGCAUUUGUCUACAUAAUAGGUUCAAAUAAUUUUGAUCAAUCUGACUUGAAGCACGAAUUAGUUGAAUUAGCAUGAAUGAAGCUUGCGUAACAUUGACUCGAAAAAUGUGAUAAUUGUAGAGGUUGUCACACAUACCCUGUCAUUCAAAAGUUUGGACUCUGAAAGUGACCGUAAAGAUGCCAUUCUUUUGAGCUUUGUUCAUCAAAAAAAAAGGAAGAAGAAGAAAUAUUAAGCAGCACAACUGUUUUCAACCCUGAUAAUAAUAAAUCAGAAUAUUAGAAUGAUUUCUGAAAGAUAGUGUGACCCUAAAGAUUGGAGUAAUGAUGCUGACAAUUCAUCUUUGCAUCACAGGAAUAAAUACUUUUUAAAAUGCAGUAAAAUAGAAAACUGUUAGUUUAAUUGUAACAGUAAUUCACAAAAUUGUUUUUUACUGAUUUUUGGUUUAAAACCAGCCUUGGUGAGUGUAAGACAAAAAAAAAAAAAAGUGAAUGACCCUUUCAUGCAUUUGAUUGGCUCUCACUAGCACAAACCUCACAAUCACAUCAUUGACAUUGUCCCGGCUUGUUUUCAUGUUUCCACUUUCUUUUUUUUUUCUUUUUUUACAAACAGACCUGUGCCAUUUUCAUUAUCCAGAAAUCACACUAUAUAAGUUCUGAUCCUUCAGGCUCAGCUGUUUUGUAACAUUUACUGAAAAUAGUUUUCAGUAGUUUGAGACCUGUAUAUUUUUGUAAACAGUAAGGCAGUGUGGUGUAGUGCAGUCACUGAGGACACGAUUGAGGACUCCUCGCUGUGUCAUGCGUGUAUGUUUAUGUGAGCCGUCUCUCGUGUUAAUGGCAUCCGGUGGGAAUGUACUGUCAAAUAUAAUACUGCUGUGCUUAGCUGUGCUCAAUUAUGUGGUGUGUAUGGGGAACAGGAGUUUGGGGUCAGAUAUAUACAAACACAUACCUUUGUGCCAGGUCAUUUAAUCUUGAACAGGUGUUUUGUGUUUCCAUCUGUAUUCUCAAGGAUUUGCUAAGUUAAAGAGUGUUAGCAUUCCUCAGGAUUGUGGUUUCAGAGAGCAUAAGCCCAUCCUCUGACAGCUGGGUUCAAUAUAAGCACAGAAGGAUUGUGAGUAAAGGGGUUCAUCUGCACAAAACAUACAAUAUGUUUCCUCUAUAGUUCAGUAACAUCAGUGGUUUUCAUCUAUUGAUUCCAUAGUUUCACACUGACCCAAAAUUGUUAGUGUGAUACAUUUUUUUAAAUGUAUUUUAACAAAUGUGGUUCUAGACUUCCAUCACUCCGUUUGAUGUUAUGUUUUGUUUUGGCUGUAAUUAUACCCAUAAUUUGAUGUUGUUCCCUGGUGCCAUGAUGGUUUGAUUCGGUCAGCAUAUAACACAUUAACAGUAUUGUUUCUAUCAUGCCAGAAAAUAUGAAUAACCCUUUGAUCUGUGUGCUUCAGACUAAAUUUUUUCAUGCUCAAUUUGAUCAUAUCAUAUGCACAAUUCAGUCGUCCCAGUCCUGGGAAUAUCACGGAACGGUAAAAGUGUGGCUUUCCAGCCAGGAGCAUUCAAGGACAUUAAUGAAAAGUAAUGAAAAUGUCCAUGCUCUAUAUAUUUUUUUAGCUUUGAUCAGCCCUAAAAUAUUUCAGUGGCUGGAAAUAGGUCUUUAUGAACUAAAAUCCUAAACAAAAUGGUAAUAGAAAAGUCAUUGGACAAACAACUUGGAAACCCUGACACUUGCAGCCUUUUAGAUCUUCUAAAUUUUUUUAUCUGUCAGAAUACAUGCUUUUUUUUAAUGUUAUUAUAUUUAUUUUAUUUGUAUUAUUUGAUAGGAGUGAACCUAAACAUACAGACGUCUAGGUAACCUUAAUUUCAGUGUGUGUGCUGUUUGAAACUGAGAUAUUAAUUGAAUCACUGUUUAAUCAUCUCUGUAUGUUCUGUUGAAAUAUCUGUAAGAUGGAUUAGCUGUAGCCGUCCCUGUUUGUGCAUACAUUCAUUUACAUGCACUUAAAACAGGAUAUAUGUGUAAUUUACCCCAAAAAUAUGUGUGUUUUAUUUGUUUAGGAUCACAUCAUGAAUAUGUCAUAGGUUUGUAGAUUUAUCAUGUAGUUUUUUUGUAUUUUAUGUCUAAACGAUUAGGCAGAUUAUUAGUGACCAUGUUUCUAAGCAUUUCUAAGACCCAACUGUUCACAAUGUGUAACGCUUUUUAUUUGCAAAAUAUUAUUUCUCAACACAAGCUCAGCUGUAACAUAGCUACUGAUCUGUUUUUGCUUAAUCCCAGUUUUCCUUUCAAUUUAUGUUGUAUUCAUUCAUUCAUGAUCAUAAACAGAACAAAAAAACA